AUGUCUAUUGAUUCCAAGAGCGUCGCUGUUAUCGGAGCUGGUCCUUCGGGUGCCAUUGCGGUAGAUGCCCUGGCACAGGAGAAGGCAUUUCACACUAUCCGUGUCUUUGAGCGCCAGGAAAAAGCGGGUGGUUGUUGGGUCUCAAGACAUGAACCACCACCACAAGUGGUUGAUUUCGAAGGACUAGCUGCGCGUACAGCUGAUGCGCCGUUGGAUAUUCCCAGCAGCUUACCUUGUCGAACACCGGCAAGCUCUCAGGACCGUUUCACAGACUCGCCUGUUUACCCUGGACUUGAGACGAAUGUGGAUGCAGGCGUCAUGUCGUAUUCCCAGGAGCCCAUUCCAACCGUUCGAUCGCAGUGGUCUAUUGAUCGUCACGGCCCUGAGACUCCGUUCCGACAUCAUUCGGUGAUUAGGGGGUAUGUCGAGGAUUUGUUUACUACAAAGGGCCACCAUGGCUUGGUUCAAUACAACACCACCGUCGAGCAAGCGGUUAAGGAGCCCAGUACCCAGAAAUGGAUCCUUACUAUUCGCCGCAGGGAAUUAAACGAUGGCACUCCAUCCGAUUAUUGGUGGACGGAGCAGUUUGAUGCUGUCGUUGUGGCAUCUGGUCAUUAUGCUGUGCCAUAUAUUCCUGCUAUUCCGGGGUUAGAGGAAUUCUCAUCAAAAUACCCCGGCAGUGUCGAACAUACUAAGCACUACAGAGGCCCAGAGAAGUACUGGGGAAAGAAAGUCAUUACAGUCGGUGCGUCGGUAUCGGCCGCAGACACGGCCGUCAGUCUCAUCGAUACGGCGCAAUCACCCAUUCACGCUGUCGUUCGCGGUCGCUACAACGUAUUCUUUGGAGACGAUGCCUUCAAACAUCCCAAGAUCCAAAGACGGGCACCAAUUUCUCAAAUCAAUGCUGAAAGCCGCACUGUAUACUUCGAAGACGGUUCCUCCGAGUCCAAUGUGGACAAUAUACUCUUCGGUACCGGAUUCACAUGGACGCUUCCCUUCCUACCACACGUUCCUACGCGGAAUAAUCGAGUGCCUGAUCUUUACCAGCACGUCUUUUACCGCCACGAUCCAAGCCUGGUGUUCGUCGGAGCGGUCGGUGCAGGAUUAACGUUUAAAGUUUUCGAAUGGCAAGCUGUCGCUGCGGCUCGCGUCCUCGCCGGCAAGGCCACGCUACCCCCAGUAUCCGAGCAGGAGAAAUGGGAGAUGGAGCGCAUUGCGCUGAAAGGCGAUGGGCCCGCUUUUGCGGUGGUCAAUCCGGAUUUCAAGGACUAUUUUGAGAAUUUGCGACUUCUUGCAGGAGAGCCUGGUGAGGGUUUGCCUGGGCGGCGUUUACCGGUAUUUGAUCAACGGUGGAAAGAUGAUUUUGACUCUGGGCAUGAACGGCGUAAGGAGAUGUGGCGACGGGCCAAUCGGGCGGCUGCUGGGGUUCUAUAG